AUGGGCAGCUCCAACAACUCCUCCUCACUUCUCCUUGAUCCGUCGAAAACGUCGCCAACCCAGCCUCACGCCUCGUCACCAAGCGGGGUUGCAGAUAAUGAAGGAGAUGGUGGAUAUGGGACUGUUAAUGGGAAAUCUGAGAAGCGAUGUAUUAGCAGCCCUCGAAUCUCGAAUGCUGCCUCCACAGCCAGCCCUGGCCGAACGCAUAGCCGAGAGGGUUCUUCCGUUCGGUCUUCGGUGCCUGAAGACAACACUGCGGUAGAGUCUGAUGCAGAUCCGGACGGAGGUUCUGAAAAUGGCACAGAUAUCGGCGAGAGCACUCCUCCGUCGAAAAAGAAGAAGGGCCAACGUUUCUUUUGUACAGAUUUCCCCCCGUGUACACUAAGUUUUACGAGAAGCGAACACCUAGCCCGCCAUAUAAGGAAACAUACCGGAGAACGUCCCUUCCAGUGCCAUUGUUCACGGCGCUUCUCACGCCUUGACAAUCUACGACAGCAUGCCCAGACAGUCCAUGUGAACGAAGAUAUACCUGGAGACUCCCUUGCUGCUACGGGAACACGAUUUCAGCGCCAAAUCCGUACCGACCGUGUCAGACCGCCAGUAGAUGGAGGACCCUAUUACUAUGGAUCCCCAUCUUCGGUGGCUUCGGGUUUCUGGCCCGAAAGGGGUUCUGGCCGUCGUUUGUCAUUUCCUUCAGGGACGAGGCUAUUUGAUCCUGCAAAUACGUAUCCACCAGCAUUCCCUAAACCGCUAGCGUCAUCUGCCUCGUCAUACUCAAAUGGCGGAGGAGGUGUAUUCGGAAGCCCGAACGCGCCGGACACACCACGAGAUGACUCGAAUUUGUCCAUGGCCGAAGCAGAUUGGCGUAGAAGGACAUGGCAUCCAUCCUCACACACAGGCUUUGGCCGUCCCUCAAGCAGUGGGUUUUGGUUCAAUCAGCCGACCGAUGGACCCAAACCUGCUUUCGGGACCAAUCCUUUACAACCACCUCGCUUACCUGGAAUUGAGAGUUUUGACCACGUCCAACAGCGCCCUUCGACCCCACCAAGACGAGAGCCGACUCCCAUGCAAGUUGAUAGGCCUCUGACAUCUUCUAAUGCUGCUCCUACUUUCGUUCCGGGCUUCAGUACUCAGCUGCCAACUGCUCGACCCCCUCCUCCUGUUUCUGGACCUGGCCACCGCCGGGGCCAUGUCUCAUUUGACAUGUCUCUUCACCAAAAUCUCACAAAACUUGACAUUCGAGGCAACAAGGAUGCUUCGCAGUGGAGCCAGCAGACAAUCGGCGAGCUACGGAAUAUUGCGUCACAGCCGUUUGAUUCCCUCCAGCAACAAACCGUUGAACCAAUAAUAAAUAGAACUCCAGAUGCAUCCAAGCCCCCUGAGCAGCCUGCCGCUGGUGCAAACUCUAAUGGUCCUACAACGCCUUCCCAGAAUAAAAGACGUGGAUGGUACAACGGUCCUCUCCCGACAUCCACAUCCACUGGCCCACUUGCGAACCCAUCUCCUGAAGAUUCAAGCAGUAGCGAAGGGGUAGCAACGCCAUCGGCAUCUGCGCCUGAGUACCAUCCUGCCAUAGUACCUAGUCAUGGUGAUAUCGAAAGGCAUCAUUCACAUAUCCAGACUGAAACUCCGCAUAAUUGGCAGACCUGUGCUCCCCGAGAGCCCCAGUCUACUAACAAUAAUGCCUACCCUGUAUACCCCAAUCCGGAGCCACGACAUGUGUUUUACUCAGGCAGCCCCAAUCAUCCCGCCGGUGGGAUGGCCCGUUUAGAGGCUCUUGUGGCAGUUGCAACCAGCGAAGACAAGGGUACGAGCAAAUUCAUUUAA